CAGCAAUUGCUUUCGAAACAGAACCAUACAUAAGCUUUGGACAAUUGGCUUUGUUGACACACUGAAAGGCGGUAGAUGAAAAUUGUUUAUAGGUGUGAGAAGCAUGAUGUGUUUUUGUGAUUGAAGGAAUCUGAUGAAAGACAUGGACGAUUUUGUAGUAGUUCAAGUGGAAGAAAUAUUACACUCCAGAUGUUGUUAUCGUCUGGUCUGCUUGAGCCUGGUGAGGGCACUAUGGCCAUUGAAUACUUGGGACAGCGUUUCGUAGGAGAUCUCCUGCCUGAUGGUAAAAUUAAAUCCCAAGAAACUGAUAUAAUCUUUGCUUCUCCAAGUGCUUGGGCAAUCCAUUGUAAACGAAUUAUCAAUCCAGAUAAAAAAUCUGGUUGUGGUUGGGCAUCGGUUAAAUACAAAGGAAGAAAGUUGGAUGUCUAUAAAAACGCUUGGUUCAGGAAGAAAAAGGAAGAAGAACAGGAUAAAGAAAACAGAGAUACAGAUGGUGAAUAUAUUUACACUUCUAUUAUCUUAUAUAAAGACGAUGAAAUGGAGAAGGAAAAGCUCGUGUCAGUGCAGCGGAUUGUGAAACAUAAUGUGUUAGGAAUUCGUUCCAUCAAUCAUGAUCCAAACACGCUGGUUGAGAGCACAGCAUUUUCAAGCCUGGGGAAAAUUCAACCAUUUCUGGUUUCCAUGUCUACUAAUGCUGUUCUUGUUAUGGACUUCCAUUGUCAUUUAACUACCUCAGAAGUUGUGGGAUAUUUAGGAGGUCAUUGGGAUGUGAAUGCACAUAAUCUCGCAAUCACACAUGCGUUCCCCUGCAAAUGUCGCUUGGGAGACAGGGAAAUGGCACCACUUGUUGAAGCAGAUAUUUACCGUGCAAUGGAACAACGUCACCUUACGCUCGUGGGAUGGUAUCAUUCCCAUCCCUUCACAGCAGCCACACCAACACUACGGGAUAUAGAUGCUCAGUUGGAGUAUGAAAUAAAGAUGAAAGGAAACAGUGAUGCUAGUUACACACCAUGUGUUGGUGUCAUCUGCUCUCCAUACAAUAAAGACAACCAGUCUCUAGAGUCUGCUAUUGUGAGCUAUUGGGUGAUGCCUCCUCCAGAGAGCAAACCUCAUGAUUAUGGGAAGCCAAUGCUUAUGAGUUACAGUGUUGUGCAGGACCAGUUUCUCUCUCAAGAUGCACUUAAUGAAAUGAAACGCUGUGUUGACUUCUAUAGAAAUGAAAGUGACUUUAUAAAUUUCUCGGAAAGUUACAGAGGAAACAUUAGCUACCUCGAUAAGCUCAAGACAACAUUAUCAUCAAAAUUCCCACGUGAUCAAAGUGAUGGCAUCCUUUGGAGUUUCAUUUGUGACCUUGUGUGCCCUGGGGGAGGAGCUACAGAAAAUGGUCUUAGUUUUCUGAAUAAAUUAUUUGGCAGCCCAGAAAUUCAAAAUAGUAGUCCUGUCCCCUUGGAUAAAGUGAACCUCCUAGUUCCCAGCAUUCCAAUGGCAUCCUCGGCUAAAUCAUCACCUGUUAAUUUGGCAGGUGGGAAUAUGAUGAUGAGUGCGGACAUUGCUGCUGCAUUAUUUGGAAGCGGAAAGUUUCCAUCGCCUACAUCUCUCAUGGGUUUAUCUGCAGAAGCUAGUAGGUCUUUAAUUGGAUCAAGUGGUAUUAGCAACAUGUUUAUGCCACCUUUGGGUUUUAAAAUGGAUAAUAUUAGUUUAUUGAAACCUCUUACAAACACAGUUUCUAAUCCAGUGGCAAGUACUUCAAAAGCUUCCAGUCCCGUAGCUUCCAGUCCUGUUUCAGACACUAGAAGUGCAUCACCAGCAAAGACACCACAGACUGAACCUGUAAAUCUGACAGCUGCAGAAAGUACUGAAAAAAAUUCUACAAUGAUAAACAUGGAAACAACAUGAAACUCCAUGUUUUAAUUUUAAUGUUGUAGUUAUUAUAGUAUUUUAAAACUGUAAUUUAUAUUUAACAUUUUCUAAGCAGUUCACUUUCCCAAGUGACAAUUUUCUAUUUUGUUGACGUGUGAUGAGGGAUAUAGAAUAUGGACCAUUUUGGAAUAGUGCAGGUAAUGUCUGUACAUUAUGUACAGGCUGGAUAAUAUGACAGGAAACACUUGUUUGAUUUUUGUAUUAUUGGAAUUCACUUACUUUCAUUGAAGCAACAGAAAUUUCUGUGCAGACAUUUCUGGUUAAGGAGUUGUUCAUGUCUCAGAAUCUCCUUUAAGGGAUUGUGUGGAUAAACUGUGUGUUUAUUUUAGAAUUACUGGUAGGAGUCAGCCAGCAAAAGUGACCACCUGAGUAUUACAGAUAUGUUAAAACAGGGCUGAGAAUUGAGCACAGUCCCUUGUGCUUUACAGGCAGUGCUCUUUCUUGCGGAAUCAAAGCACUUGACACACAUCAUCUCAGUAAGUCAGUAUGACACUGUGUCUCUCCUUUCUCACCAUGUCCGUAUUGGUCCUCGUUUCCUUUUACUGCCAUUGACAACGAGAAACAUUUUACUGAAACAAAUGUACAGUGAUAUUUUUAUUAUACAGUGCGUUUUAAGUUCAUGUUAUGUAAUACAUAUGUGAUAAAACUGAAUGGCUGAUGUAAGUUUUGAAAGGCAAUAUGAGGGGAAAAUAUGAAUUUGCUUAUGUAGGUUAUGUAAUAGUGACAUUAAUGUCAUGGGGUUCUUAAAAAUUUUGACUUCAUUUUUGUAAAUAAAAAAUUCUUUGCUCUGAAUAGGAUAUUGAAACUGGUGAUGUAAUAUUUAUAGUGGGUCAGUAUUGGUAAGUGUCCUAUUCUGAUUUUCUGAGCUGUAAAAUCAUAUGUAUUCUCUGAUGCAUUUGAUGAUUUACCAGUAACAAAGUGAUGGACAGUACAGGAUGAAUCUAUCCCAGCUAGGUGGAAAAGUUGCUGUUAUGGAUCUUCUGGCUCUGUACACUAAAUUAUACAUGGCUUAAUUUUACCUGAGAUUAUUUUAGAAAAUUUGAGUGUGUCCUGAGAUGCUACAAGUGUUGUUGUGUAAAGUUAAUGCUGAUCCCUUUGAGUAGAUAUGAUGAUGCUAUAAUUUUUGAAACAUUGGACCUGGCUUUAUACUUUUUGGUGUAUGUUGUUUUUCAGGCUUUGGAAAAUCCAGGAUGGAAUGUAACAAUAUUAUUUUUUUCAUAAUUUUCAUAAUAUUGUUAUUUCAGACAUCAUUUCAUCUCUGUACCUAGCAGCAGACUCAUUCUGCUAUAUUCUAGAAACAGUGGAAAUAUCUGUUGAAACUGAAGUAAUGUCCUACUUCUUAACAACAUUGUACCAUUUUAGAUUUGUAUUAUUUAGUCUCGUACUAUUCAACACAAUUUUUCCUGCCUGUGAUCAAGACCUUAAAUUAGUUGCUUUGUGAAUCUGAGUAAUGUAGUCUUCUGCUCUUUUCCUUUGCUUUAUGCAACUUAUACCUCACAUAAUUAGUUCUGAGAAUAGUAAGAAAACUUAAAGUAAUGUAUCCUCCAAUAUUAAGCACUUGUAAAGGUGUGGGAUGAGUAUAAGACAUCUUGAAGUGUGGGAAGUUUAGCACAUCACUGAAAAUAUGCCAACAUUACUUGGAAAACUGUGAAUGAAUAAAAAGAUGUGCAUCCAGAAUAUUAAAAAUCAUAGUUACUAAGACACAUAGAUAACAGCAAUUGACAAGUCUGUUGUAAAUAGACCUGGAUAAAUUAGUGCAAGGUAGCAAAGAAAAUUAAAUGAUAAUUCAACAUAUUACAGAAAUAUGUUGCAUUCACAUAACAGGCCCAUUUGUGGGAUACCAUUGGUUAAGGUAUAGGUUGCAUUACUAAAAUCACAAAUUUAACAGUUUCUUUAAACAAAAUUUUAUCAGGAAUAUAUUAACUAUUACAGAAAAAAUCCUUUUAUAUGUUAAACGGGAUAGGGGAGGGGGCACCUAUAUGGAACACAAUCAUUCUUUAUAUCUCCCUUUAGCUUGAAUAACAGCCUCCAUACUGAAGAAAUGUGGGGGCUUCUCGUAAGUCUUGCUAGGCACAACUCUAAGCAUGUGAAGAAUUGCAGGAAAUUUUGUUAUGGCAACAGUUGGGAUGUUCUCCGUGUCAUGUGAAAGCCAGUGGUCAUUUCUCCUGUUGAUUUUUGCAUCUACCAUGAAAUCUUCUUGGAAAAGAGUCUGAUUUGCUCCACUUCAUUAAUUUCCAACGAACACAGAAGAAAACUGCAGCAGCCGACUUGUUUUGCCCCAUCAGUCUUGAAAAGCACAUCUUUACUUUCCGUGUUUGGAGUUCAUUUUGAAUGUCCUCAUUGACAAUUCUACUUGUUGUUGGUCCACUUACACCAUUAACGAUAGCCACUGAUGACAAUAAAUGCCUGGUAUUCUCUAAAAUCUGCAUUCGACCUCUUUAAAAACUGCACUGUGACAGUUCAGACUUUCAAAUGGCACUCCCUUGCCGGUACACAGAAAUAUUUGUUUAAGUGAUGUUGAGGCAGAUAUUUUGUAGCAAUAUCGUGAAUGGUGUCUUUCCAUUAAUUAAAGAAGUGAAUUAUACCUGCGGCUGAGAGACCAAUUUGAAGGCCUUUGGCAGUCAAGCUUUUUUUUAAAAUCAGAUACAGUACUUUCUUUCAAGAACUCGGGCCUUAUGAGAUUAGGACUGGUUACUAAAAACAGUUGGAAGUGACCUCUGGUGGAAGCAGGGUAGGAUGUUUAAAUUUGUCCAAAUUUUGGUCAUGCACCCUGCAGAAGUCAGAAAUGUGAGUUCAAGGAUUACGUGCUAGAAGUUAAAACAUAAAACAAUUACUGUGGUAACGUCAUCUGAGGAAUAAGCUGUAACACAAAUAAUAGCUUGAAAAAAUGAAAGUUGGUGUACAACAGUAUUAAUGUGAAAUAAUGACAGUGUUGUCCUAAGUUAGCAUUGCCUGUAUGGGUGCAUCCUUUUUCAGCAGACACCACUCAGAUCUUUUUAUGUUUGAGGAAAAAACACAAUGGAGUAUAAGUACAAUUACGUGAGCAGUAUUAGAAAGAAGGAAAUUUUGGAGCUCGAAAAGGCUGUUACACGUAUUAUUUUUGGCACUUUAGUUGAAGAUUAACUUUUACAUUUACUCAAAAGCAAUUUUUUUGUUUGUAAAUCCAUAACAUAUACAUAUGCUUAUCUGAAACUGUGUGAAUGCAUGAAACAUUUGUUUGAAAAGAUUUCUUUAUAAUGUAAGUGGCAGCAGAAAGGUUUUUCUUUCAUGUGCCAAAAAUAGCUGAUUAGUGGUGACAGUGAGCAUUUUGAUUUUUUCCCCCCUUCCACUUGCACACGUCAGUUUACUGGAUGUUUUAGGCAGCUUAACUAUGAUGCCCACACCUAGUUAUCACACUACAAAUGUAAAACUCGCAAAAGUAGAGACUGAACAAGAUUAUUUCAGCAGCCGAGUCACUGGACUCAGGAGUGUGGUUUAAAUCGCUGCAAUCCAUCAUGACCUCAAUGUUCAGAAAAUAAGUUGGUGAAUUUCAACUGUCCUGUAGUAUGUGAGAAUUUGUCAAUUUCCAGUUGAACACUAAAAUUGUUUUCUAGGUAUCGUUCUUCUAUAGAUGUUUUCUCUUGUCAGUGUGAAAAUCAUGUGAACUGUCUCAUUUAAGUUGCUACAAGUAAACAACAGGCUGGGGACGGCUAUACAAUAUGAUAUAUGAACUCGUUGCUUUCUUGAUAUGGCUUUAAAGAAUUCUCUUUUGUCCAUCUUGCUUUCUCUGGCAUCUGGUUCAUUCCAUUGCUGCAGGACAAAACUACUACUUCCUUUUAUUAUGCAUGUCAGUGUCUGUCUGUUCAUUGUUUAGGGAAGUUGUGAAGAAAACUGACUAAGGAUAAUCAUAUUUGAAAACUGAAGUGACCAAAUAUUUUUCUUGUAAGUGACAUUUUAUUGUGUUGAAUGAUUCCAGCAAGUAAAUGGGUUUCUUAUGCUGUGAGUUUUUCUCAUUUUUUCUACAGAUUAUCAUUGAUAGACAUGCAAGUUACUCAGUAAUUCACAUGCAGUAUCAAAAGUAUUUAUCAUGGUUGCCUUUCUGUGGGAGACAUAAGUAAGUUCACUGAUAUAUUUUUUUCUUGUGGCUGUGUGAGCUUUUAUAAAUUUGUUCAGUGUUCUAUAAAAUGAUGGUUCUGGUGAUUGUGAACAAAAGGGUUGUCAGCAUAUCGUCUGUUUGAAACAAUUAUUGAGGUUUAAGAAUUAAUUUGAAUGUAAAAUUUGCCGCAGAACUGUUUAUUUACCAUUUAUGUCGAAAAAUGGCAGAAACUGUUAAAAUAAAUAUGCAUUUCUCAGGUUUGUGUGGACGUUUUUACAGAACUUUAAAAUUUUUACAGACCGUACUACAUCCAUGCUGUGGUACUUCACACACUGAAUGAAGAUCAGUUAAUUUAACUCUCAUCACUCUCGCCGUAGUCAGUUCUCUAUUCUGAUGAUUGUACAAGCAUUGUAGACCUUUGAUGCCUUUUUUACCAGUUGUAUUAUUAAUUGUUUCACACAGUAAGUUGUGUGCAGUUAAGGAACAUUAUUUAGAUUUUUGAGCCUAUUUAAUAAACCCACAUAUUUUAUCUCUGGAUCUUCAGCCAAUGUUUAUUAACAAUUUUUCUGGCGUUAUGUCAGCAUGAGUGGGUGGAAUUGUUUGAAGUUCACCCUCCGUUUGUGGUGGCUGACAGGAGUUGAGCCCUCUUCUGUAGAUUUAUGUGCCUGUCGUGAAAAUGUGAGAGGGCUCUUCUCUGGUGAUUACUGAUGUGGCCAGAAAAAUUGUUGAACUAACAUUGGUCAGAAUUUUGAGGCAGAAGCCAAGAGUCAUCAGUAAGUGACCAUGAAAGCCUCAACAGUUUUGUACAAAUCAGCUGUUAAAAUUUUUUUUAAGUAAGCACACCUGAUGAAAUCUCAUAUGAUCAUGAUCUCUUAAUUCACCUCUCUUAUUUCUUCAGUAUCAGACUGUAGAAGUUAGCGUAUAAGCUUCCAACGGUCAACAUGUUUUUGUCUGGUUACGUUUAUGAUACUGUUUGGUAUUUGCUUGUGUGCUACCUUAUAAGGGGCUGUUUGCGUAUAAUUUUGAAAAUGUAAUUGUUUUAAUACCUACAUAAAAUAUUUUGCUAUUUUUGCAUCUUUCCUUCUCAAAUUUUCUUAAUGACACACUGUAUUGCCAUUUUAAAAAAAAAAUAUGGGAAGCAAGUGUGUCUGUAGUAGUAUUUGUUAUGAUCAGUUCAUUGAAAGUUUUUGCCACAUAAAAUAUCAGGUGCUGUUAGCAUGCUGUAUCAAAUAUUUCACAUCCACUGUUGUUUUGUCAUUAUACUUUACUGCUAGACUGUCCUGAAAGUUUACUUUGUCUUCAACAUAAUUGGCAGGGCAAAUGUGAAGUAAUUAUGAAACAAAAUACUUAACAUUGUAUUGGUUUCAAGAGAAAAUUCCUGUUGUGUGUGCCUGUCAAUUCAAUUAGAAAUGUAAGAUCUCAUACCCACUGAGAAUCCUCAAACUCUUUUACCACCUCCUCACCCUUUUAUUUUUUAUUUUUUUUAAUGUCCGUGAAUAGUGUUAUGUCUUCACUCAUGUUUCGAAUACAGAUUGACCCAGAAGUCUGUUAACAUUUGAAAAUUCAGUUCUUCACAGUAAAAACUGACAUACAUGCUUGAAAUGACAAAGUGUU